AUGUCCAAUAUCUACCACCCAUACAGAGUCCUUGGCCUUUGUUCCUCAGAUGUACCUUUCGUUGUAAAAUAUAUACCAAACUCAAGCGCAUAUUAUGCUAUAGUCCCCACAGGAGAACGGUUUAAUAUAUAUAAACUUCCAAGACUGACUCUUAUUGGAUCAAGCGAUCCUCUUGAAUUCCCAAUUAAGUGUUUCACUUCUUGUGGUAACGUUCUGGUUGCUGCUUCUAGAGAAACGAUUUAUAUUUUUCGUAAUUCUCGUUAUCUGCUGCAAAGACUUCAGCACCACACAAAUAUAAUCACCCAUUUAUGCUCUCUAGAGAAUUCGUUUCUGGUUUCAGUUGAUGAAGGCGGUCUUACUCAAGUAUGGAACAGUAAAUCGUGGGAGGUUGUAUCUCACAUAGAAUUCUCGACAAAGGCUUUCUGUGUUACAUCACUGAUUAAUCCCAUCAGUUACAGAAACAAAGUACUCUUUGGGAGCUAUCAAGGUCCGUUGCAAUUGUGGGACGUCAUAUCUAGGAAGUUAAUCUACUGGUUCAAAGGAUUUGAUUCUGCUGUGACCUGCCUACAGCAAGCCCCAGCGUUUGACGUCUGUGCAAUAGGUCUCGCCGAUGGACGUGUCGUCACUCAUAACUUGAAAUAUGAUGUUACAUUAAUGGUCUUUGCUCAAGAUGGUGGAGCGAUUACAUCUAUCGGUUUUAGAAGUGGUUCACAUGGUUUGCAAAAUCCUACAAAUGUUGAUGAGAAGGGUAGGAUCACUUUGCUACCUGAUGACAAUAAUGAUGUUUAUUUGAUUACUGGUUGUGAGACAGGAUAUAUCAACUGUUGGAAACUUCAAAGUAAUGGAAAAAGUAGAUCAGUUGGCGAAGCUCGCAACUUACAUUGGGGUAGUGUAAUAACCAUAUAUUGCAUUCCUGGAGGUGAUGGUGCCAGUGCAAUGGUAACGUCUGGAACAGAUAAUUGUAUAAAGGUUUCUUACUUCGAUCGGUCUGACGGUAGUCCACGUACAAUAUUUCGUCGAAUAGGUCAUUCUCGACCUCCGAAUCGCAUAUUAUUUUGGCCCGGGAGUUCAGCGGAUGGUGGGUUAUUACUUAGCGCCGGAAAAGAUGGCGUACUUCGUAUAUUCUCAACGUUCAACGAAUAUAUGAAUAAAAGCCUCGGUUGCGCAUAUGCUCCUGGAGUUCCGGAACGCCGGAAAACUACUCGUCAACAGAGAUUACCGUGGUUACUACCUGAUGUGGUCCACAUGGCUGCAUGUUCUACACGUGCUGAGGCGUGGGAUAGUGUGGUUGCAAUCCAUAGCGGGAAACGGCAAGUAACGAGCUGGAAUUUCGCGAAAGCUACCCGAGGUCAACAUUGGUUUGAUCCACUAAAAUUUCAUGGAUGCGAUGAUGAAGCAAAUUGGUUGUACAAGAAAACAGUUGCUACGUGUGCAUUCUUGACAAAUUGUGGUAACUAUGCUCUCAUUGGUUAUUCGAAUGGAGAUGUCUUCAAGUUUAAUAUGCAGUCUGGUUUGGAGCGUGGUUCAUAUGGUUCACCUACCGCUCAUUUCUGCUCUAUUGUUGGAUUAGCUGUCAAUAAUGUAAACCGGGUUACUAUAACUGUUGGUGAGAGUGAAAUUCGUUUCUGGUCUUUUCACGAGCACAAGUUACGUGGACAACUUGACUUACCAUCAACCUCUUUGUUAGUCAGAUUUCAUGCUGAUAGUGAUGUUCUAGCGGUUGCUUUGUCGAAUGCAAUUAUCAUUUUGGUUGACAUUAUACAUCGAAAGGUUAUUCGAACGUUCAUCAAUUCUGAAGUCCAACUUUGUGUUGAUAUGGACAUUUCAUUUGAUGGCCGAUGGUUAGUUUCUGCACAUCAUGGGGAUCUCUUGGUAAAAACUUGGGAUAUAGUAGAUAAUAAACUGAUAGACUGUUUUCGUGUAGAACUUCCUAUCACCUCAAUAGCUUUAUCCAGGGCAAAUGAAUUCCUAUGUACCACUCAUGCAAACUGCCUUGGUAUCUAUCUUUGGGAUAACCGUGCAACUUACAAACAUUUACACCUCCAACCUUUACCUAUUGAUUUUGUUCCAUCUGGAAAUCAAUCACCAGUAUCAUUACCAACUAGAAUAUUAAUGACUCAAAAUACAUGUGAUGUAAUUGAGCUUGGUAUGGAUACAGAUAUCAGUAAAUAUAUGGAUAUUGAGUACAUGGAUGACUUGUCAUCUGAAAAGUGUGGAGAACACGUUUAUAUAUCUCCUGAACAACUUCAAUGCCAUCUUUUAACACUAUCAGGAAUCCCAUCAUCAUUUUUCACAACAUUAUUGAAUUUGGAUUUUGUUCGACAACGUAAUCAUCAAGCUGGAAAACUUUUGAAUAAUAAUACUGCUACUCAUUCAGUCGCAGAAAACCUCAUGAAUCUACCCUUCUUUCUGCCUGUUGUUGAGACAAAUAAAGGCUUAGUAUCAGCUGAUGAUGAUUUUGGUAAUGGAUUAUCAACUAAGCAACAGUUCAUUAAUAAAACAAUGAAUCGUAAACGGCGUGGGUUGUUGGAUAAAGAUUUCGAACACGCUGUUGAACCUAUACAUGGCUUAUCUAUGAGACUUAUUCGAGCGAAAUCAAAUGAUGAAUUCGAUCAAAUUUCUGACGUCUUGAAAUCAGUUGGGACAAGUGGAUUAGAUUUGGAAAUUCGUCUGCUUGUUCCAUCAGCUGAAGACGAAAUGGCUUGUUGUAACCCUAACCAGACAAAAACAUUCUAUGAUCAUGUAACCAAUCCUUACUUGAAACUUCAUGGAUUUCUUCGAUAUAUAAUUAAUCGGUUUCAAUCGAAUCGAGAUUUCGAUCUUGCUUGCGUUUGCUUGGAAAUCUUGUUGCAACAGCAUAGUGACAUUUUAUUCCGACGUACUCAUGCACAGAACAAUUUGUUAAAUGUAAAUCAAAACCUAGACGAAAUAGAUGAAAUGUAUCUACAGAUAGUGGAAAAAGAUCAAGUGAAAGUGGAUUCACUAUCCCCUUAUUUCGUUACAUUAAUUUUAAUUAACCAAGCAAUAAAGACUAAAAGAAAAGCACAAACGAACUUGACAAAUUGUAUAGCUCAAUCUUUAUGUUUAGUUGAUUUCAUUCGUAAUCCCGUGACUGCCUUACAGUUAUAA